AUCACUUGCAUCUUCUGUUCUACUAACAGUAACAACUAACAAGCAAAAUGCUCAAAAUUGUGUCUUUCUUCUGCAUCAUGGCGACAGUUGCUGCCAAGCCUAGCGUAGCCCCAGCUCCAUUAGUUGCAGCAGCAGCGCCGUUAGUGGCGGCUCCUGCUCCCGUUGUCGCCCCAGCUCCUUUCGUGACCGCUUCUAGCUCACAGUACAUCGCCAGGAACUUCAAUGGAUUAGCUGUUGCCCCAGCUCCCUUAGUGGCAGCGCCAGCAAGAUUCGUCGCUCCUGCCCCAGCGCCCCUGGUGGCCGCUGCUCCAGCCCCAGUAGUCGCAGCCCCUGCCCCCUACGUAGCCGCCCCAGCCCCCUACUUGGCCUCAGCUGCGAGACUAGCAGCACCUGCCCCUUUCUACCCGACAGCAUACGGACGCUACGCUGAACCGUUCCUUGCUCCCGCACCUUACUUUGCCCCUUCUGCCCCUUUUGUUGCCCUAAAGCGGAAUGUUCUGAGGAACCGCGUGAGCGUAGCCUACGUGAGCCGGGGCUACCAAUGGAGCAGCUACUGCUGGCACGCCGCUGGAAUCACCCAUGAGUCCAAAUUAGAAUGCAUGGCCCGUCUACGUUGUCUGGUUCAAAAAUCGUCGAGCCCGCGAUGUCCUACGCAUCACACUUUGGCAUCACAACGUAUGUUACCAUGUUAUUGCCCAACAAUAUGUGCAGCUGGUAUAAAAUGUUGUGAUACCCUGGAGACGACACAGUCUAUUGGUUUAGAACCUCCUGUGAGCAGUCACAACACCCCUAGCAAAAUGAUUGCCAAAUUCGUUAUUGUCCUGACCGUAACCAUCGCCACAGCGACCGCUGGAGUGGUGGCCCCUGCUGCUCUGGUUGCCCCCGCGGUGGCCCCAGCUGCAUUCGUCGCUCCUUACGCCAGCUCCUACUCUGCCCAUGCCGUCAACCACGCGGUUGCUGCCCCAGUAAUCGCCGCUGCCCCAUACGUAGCGGCCCCAGCCCCAUACGUAGCCCCAGCCGCGCCUCUCGUUGCACCAGCCCCAUACGUUGCUUCAGCCAGAUACCUCGCGUCCCCUUACAUCCUAUAAACGAAUUUGGUGACAUCAUUGCGUAGUGACUUGCUCAAUCUGUGACAAUGUUAUUUUAUAAUCUGUUAAAUUAGACAAAUUUUUAAAUUAUAAAUGACGUUAUUUUUACUUUCUAUUUCUGACUAUUUUACGAACGACUCAAUAAUCUAUUUUUUGUUUUAGGUAUAUGAUAAUUGUAGGUACUUAUCUAUCAAUAAUCUUUUUGGUCUAUAUCUAUCUACAAUUUAUCUUAUGAGAUCAAUUUAGAGUAUUUAUGUACCUACAAAUGAAGGGAAUGUUUACUUUAUCACUUCGCAACACUUCACUUUCCGUCAUAUUAUACUUCAUUUAAUGCAUUUUAAUAUUAUAAAUCUGAAAGUGUAUUUGUAAUUCUUUUACGUCAAAAUGAAGUAUUGGAUUAAAGUGGUUUUUGAUGUGAAGAUAGAGUAGAGAAAAAGUGACAGACUACUUUUUCGGCCGGAACCACGGACAAAAGCUAAUAAUAAACGAAUAAUUCUUGUUUUUAUAAGAAAAAGUACUGAGUUAAUAGUGUAACAAAUGUUAUAAAAUCAAAAGACAAUUGUAGGUUGAAGGGUAAACGGUGUCGCAACCUUGUCUCUUAAUUGUGCAAUAUUGCAACUAGUGACUGUAACAUAUAGUUACAUACUAUAAUAGCUCGUUUUUUUAAAAAUGAAAUCUAAUGAUAUUUUUUUCAAAACAAACCUCUUUUAGGUUUUCUUUUUGUAUGUAAAAAAUUAAACGUGAUCGUUAGAUGAUCAUAAUUAUGUGUUUCUCCAAACGGAAAUAUUAAUUAAAAACAGCUCUUUAAUUAAAAGAGCUGUAUAUUAUAACAAUUAAUUAGAACUAUAUACGAUAUUAUGAAUCAUUCAACAAGAUAUCAUUAUACAUUUAUUUACUAGAUUGAUUUGACCUGGUUAAAUACAGUCAUCGCGACCCAUCAAAUGUCUGUUUAGAAUGCGAUAAGCUUGUUUCUGUCAUUCAUCGAAAUUUUAUACUGCCCUUACAUCUGUAAUAAUGUAUGUUACAUAUAAAUAACACGCUCAACUUUUCUUAA